UUCCAAAAAUAUGAUUUUCGUGAUAUUCCAAAACUCUAUUUUAUUUUCUCUCUUCAAUUUCUAGGAAAAAAACCCAUUUUAAAAAAAAAAUUCAUUUUCUCUGUCUCUUGGUAAAGAACAGGGAUUUUCGUUUUUUUUUUUGGGUUAUGAAAAUUUGGAGUUGAUUGAUCUUUACUCACCUUCCUUUUUUUCUUUGUUUACUCACUACUUUGUUGUAGCUGAGUCAGAGAUUAUCAGAUUUGUUGAUAACUCGGUCUCGAUCCGCUUCUUAACUGGAGUUUUAUCCGUUGAGUUUCGUUACUUUCUAUUUUUUGUAAAGUUCUGCUGUUGUUUCUUGGGUUCUUGUUUCGACUGAGUCAAGUCGGCGUUCCGUUCUUUAUCGACUGAGUGGACUCCUUGCGAAGUUCGCUGAGCUAACUCGCUAGUUGGGGGUGGGGAAGAAGAAGAACGGAAAGGCGAUGCCUUCGGUGGGGAUGAGGCGGACCACGAGGGUUUUCAGGAUGGUGAAGAGCUCGGAGGCGCUGGUUCUUCGUUCCGGCCGGCGGCUCUGGCCUGAUUCCGUCGAAGUAGAGCCCAAGAGUGGAGUAAAUAAGGCCAUUUCCGAGGUAAAUGGGAAUCCAAAAAUAUUAGUCAACGAAGAGAUUCCAAAGAAACAAUCAAGGAAAAAGAAAGCUGAAGCUGUAAAUGAUGAUGCCACUGAUGAUAGGAGGUUUGGGAUUGUUUAUAGCCGAAAAAGGAAACGAAAUGGAGUUCCAAACAGUCAACUUUCAUUGAAUUCGGAGCAGAAGAAGUGUGGGAAAAAGUUUCACAGAAGGCGGGUCAUUAAGAAGACCAACAACGAUGUGAAAGAAUCGAGAAUGUUCGCUUUUGUUGUCGGAAAUGGAGGUUAUCAUGGCUGGUUUUCGAACCUUUUGUGGUUGGUUUUGGGGUAUCUUAAAAGGGCAAAUGUAAGGUUCUCUGGACUUGCUGCCUUUUUAAUGUCUCAGCCAUUGUCAAGUGUUUACGCUUCUAAUGGUGUUCAUUUGUUGCGGGGACUUCCUGCAAAUAGAAGUGGAAUAUGCAAGUUUUAUGGGGAUAGGGGGUUCAUUCCGCUGUUUUAUGUGGAUUUUUCUGCAGUUCCCUAUAGUUUUAUGUAUAUGCAUUACGGAAUGCUGCUUUGUUCAAGGCGUAUGCAAUUAGUUCUUGUAAAUACUGAUGAAAUAUUUAGUGCAUGUGAGGAAGACAAGCCAUGUCUAACCUCUGUUGUAGAUUUUUCCAAGCGUUUGAGUGGUUCUAAUGUAAUUAAGGUUGAUAAUUUCGGGAGCAAAGGUGUUUCAGAUCGAGCUUCCAAACUAAAAGAAAUAGGUCGAAAUGGUCACUAUAAACAUGGUCUUUCUCGCAUUAUCCAGAGGAGGAGGAGUUCGAUGCGGAGAAGGAGAGCUAGAAGUCCUUGGCUUCUCGGCAUACAUAAGGCUAGUGGAGCUCCAAUGUCUGAUUUGAGCAGUAGUAGGAGAAAAAGCAUUCCUUUUUCUUCUGUUGUUUCUAGAAACAAGCUUAGGUGUUCAGUCCGUAAUAGUUCAGCGAACUUAGCUGAUGUUAGCUCUUCUAUUUCGAACUUAAUGCAGGGUGCAGAUUCAUUACAGUGCUCUGCCAAUAUAUUAGUCACUGAACCGGACAGAUGUUACAGGGAAGAAGGAGCCAUUGUCGCUUUGGAGCUCUCUGCUUCACGAGAAUGGCUUCUAGUUGUAGAAAAAGAUGGGUCAACUAAGUAUACAUACAAGGCAGAUAGAGCUAUCAGGCCCAGUUCUUGCAACCGGUUCACGCAUGCAAUAAUUUGGACCGGUGAUGAUAAUUGGAAGCUUGAGUUUGUGAAUCGGCAGGACUGGGUCAUUUUCAAGGAUCUUUACAAGGAAUGUUCCGAGCGAAAUGCACCUUCUUCAACUGCCAAGAUGAUCCCUGUGCCAGGGGUUUGUGAAGUUUCAGGGUACGAGGAUAGAGCCUUUGUACCGUUUCAAAGACCAGAUUUCUAUAUCACUUUAGAUGGGGAUGAGGUAUCUAGAGCCUUGGCAAAGAGGACUGCAAAUUAUGACAUGGACUCGGAAGAUGAGGAAUGGUUGAAGAAUUUCAAUAAUGCGUUUUUUUCUGGAAAUGGUAAUUGCGAGCAUCUUUCAGAGGAUUGUUUUGAGCUUAUGGUUGAUGCUUUCGAGAAGGAGGCCUAUUUCCGUACUCCGGAUGAUCACUCUGAUGACAAUGGUGCUACCAAUCUAUGUCUUGAUCUGGCUAGUGGAGAAGUGGUUGAAGCUGUUCAUGCUUAUUGGUUGAGAAAAAGGAAGAGACGAUCGGCACUGCUUAGAGUUUUUCAGGGUCAUAAGGUCAAGAAAUCUCCAGUAGUUCCAAAGCCUGUUCUACGGAAAAGGAGGUUGGGUAAGCGUCAGGCUAGUAGUGGAAGAGGCAAGCAACCGAGUUUGUUGCAAGCCAUGGCAGCUGAACAUCAUCCCCUGGGGGAAGAAAAUGCCAUGGUUAAAGUUGAAGAAGCCAGAGCCUCAGCAGCCAGAUCUGUUGAAUUGGCUAUCCUCAAACGCCAACAGGCGCAAUUACUAAUGCAAAAUGCUGAUAUGGCUACAUACAAAGCUGUGAUGGCACUGAGAAUUGCUGAAGCUGCUCGAUUUAUCAAGUCUUCAGAUGUUUCAGUUGCUCAAUUGUUUGAUCCAUGAUGCUUCGAUACUUGGUCUAAUUGCCAUGUUUUCCGAAAUUCGGUUUCUUUUUUUUUCCCGAAGCUCAUGGAGGAUGACUGAAAAAAGAGAACUGGUAAUGUUUUGUUGUAUAGCUUUAAUAGUUUAAUUCGAAUGUACAUUCUGUAUGGUUGUAAGUUGUAACUUAAUAUCAAAAAUAACUUUUGCCAUGUAUUUGGUAGAAAAAUCUGAAAACAACAAAUAUAUAUAUGUAUGGAUCAAGAGAAUGAAAUGAGAUGUUGGGCAAAUGUAAAAAUGGGAUUUACAUGGUUAGGGGUAAGUUAAAUGGUGUAUCUUUGAUGCUUUUGUAUGGUGUUUUGUAGUUAUUGACUCUCUUUCUUUUGAAGUAAAUUACAAACUAUAUAGCCCCUUAGUAAA